AUGAAGUCCAGUGCUAUCUUUGGCUUCUUGGCGAUGCUCUGCAGCCAAGCACUGUCUCAGGAAUUUGACGGAACUUAUACCAUUGCUUCAGCCGGAACCUCGUUGUAUCUCGCAGAUGAAGCUGGCGAGAUUAUUCUCGAGGACAAAGACCCUCAGUCCUGGUUCUUCAUCGAAGCGGAGACCGACAAAUAUGCGAUUGUGAACAAUGAAACAAAUCAGUAUAUCAACUGCAACACGGCCGAGAAUCAGCUUUGUAUUUCCUCCGAGGUUGCGCAGCUCUUCCAGCCAGACAAGAUCUCCGAUGGUAUCUAUACUUUCUUGGAUCCUGAGUCUCAGUUGCUCCUGCAUCGAACUUCAGAUAAUCACCUGGAUCUCUCGCGUCCAUCUCCCACCAAUGACGAGUCCUUCGAGGUGACACAGAUUUAA